AUGGUUGCUGGAAUGGUAAUGCCCCUUAAUAACCUGAAGGCCAUCUAUGAGCAUCUUUUUCGGGAUGGCGUCAUGGUGGCCAAGAAAGACAAGCGGCCCCAGACCAAGCAUCCCGAGAUUCCUGGUGUGGAUAACCUGCAGGUAAUUAGAGCCAUGGGAUCACUGAAGUCCAGGGGAUAUGUGAAGGAAACCUUUGCAUGGAGGCACUUCUACUGGUACCUUACUAACACAGGAAUUGUUUACUUGCGUGAUUACCUGCAUUUGCCGGCGGAGAUAGUGCCGACUCCGCUACAGAGAGUGCGACGCCCAGCUGAAACUCUGGCCAUCGGCCACAGGGCGGCACGGGUACAAGCUAUUGAGGGUCCAACUUCUUAUGUCCCCAAGCCAGGCAGGAGUGCAGAAAACCAAAAGGCUUUGUUGGAUCGGCAGGGGUACCGCCGCAAAACGAUGAGCACUGAUGAGUCAGAAAUGAUUGAAUCCAGUGAGAGAAUGGCAAAAUUUAGAGGUCGUCCAAUGGCUAGCAGUCAGAUCAAACCCAACGAAUCAUGUGAAUCAAAAGACCAGCCCAUGUUUUCAGAUACAUGUGGUUACACCAAAGAAAUGGAAUUGAUUGUUAGGAGGAAGGUUGCUAUGGAUACAAUUUCUCAAAUGCCUCCUGUUAAAACCUACCAUGCUAAGCCAAUUAAACAGGAAAAGAUGAUGGAAAUGGAACUCAGGGAUUGCACUACGACAGCACUGGUUCAGAAAACACAAAAGGUUAACAUCAGCUUGGAUAUGCAAACUAUUUCAUCAACAGUGGGGGCAAUAGCCGUGGAAUCUCCCAUACUGUAUGUCCCUAAUGAAGCAGUUAAAGACAAGCCCAAGGAAGAAGUGUAUAUUAAGGUCUCUCAUGAAACCACAUCUACAGUCAUUGCUGAUAAAAAAACAGCUAAGGAUGCUCUUCAUCCUACUCCCUCAAAACCAAAGGUAGUAAAAAUACAUAAAACCGCAAUGAACAAGGAAAAGGCCAUGGAAGAUGUGUAUAUCAAAGUCUCUCAGGAAACAACAUCCGCAGUAAUAGGUGGUGGCAGAAUGGCUAAGGAUGCUUCUCAGCCAACUCCCUCAAAACCAAAAGUAGAGAAACCAACAAAAAUCACAAUGACCAAGGAAAAUGUCACAGAAGAUGUGUGUAUCAAAGUUACUCAGGAAAAAACAUCCACAGUUACUGGCGAAAUGGCUAAAGAUGCUCCUCAUCCUACUCCCUCAAAACUAAAAGUAGUGAAACCACCAAAAAUCACAGUGAAUGAGGAAAAUGCCACAGAAAAUGUGUGUAUCAAGGUUUCUCAGGAAACAACAUUCACAGUAACUGGUGAAACGGCUAAGGAUGCUGCUCAUCCUACUCCCUCUAAACCGAAGGUGGAGAAAACACAGAAAAUCCUUGUGACUAAAAAUGUGCAGGAUGUGCCAGAUUUUUUAUCAACAAUGGCAGAAUCCUCUGUGUCAUCUGUACCAACUGAAGCAGUCAAAGAAAAGGCCAUAGAAGAUGUGUGUAUAAAGGUCUCUCAAGAAACCACAUCCACAGUAACAGAUGAUAGCAAAAAGACAAAGGAUGUUACUCGUAUUUUGCCCUCAAAACCAAAGGUAGAGAAAACACCAAAAACAACAAUGGCCAAUGAAAAGGCCAUAGAACAUGUAUGUUUCAGGGUCUCUCAGGAAACCACAUCCACAGUAACAGGUGAUAGUAAAACAGCUAAGGAUGCUCCUCAUCCUACUUCUUCAAAACCGAAGGUGGAGAAAACACAGAAGGGCCUUGUGACAAAAAAUGUGCAUGAAAUGCCAACAGUUUCAUCAACAAUGGAGACAAUUGCAGUGUUUUCUGGCUCAAAUGAAUCUGUCAAAGAAAAGCAUAAUGAAGAUGUGUUUAUCAAGGUUUCUCAGGAAACAACAUCCGCAGUAACAGGUGAUAGCAAAACAGAUACAAAAGGUCCUCCUCCUACUCCAACAAAAUCAAACUUGGGGAGAAAACAAGAAAACACAACAACCAAAAGUGUAUAUGAACAUCCAAUCAAAAAUGAAAAAGCAGCCAUUUCAAUGGAGACCUCCACUGCACCAAAACAUGUGUCUACUCUUCAUGCAGCUGAGCCAAAUACUUCCAUUAACACUCAGAUGUCUCUUGAAUCAUCGGUGCUGCCUCUGUCUAUGAAAAAUAAUUUGGCAAGACACAUUGCUGAGAAGAAAUCAGAGGUUAAUGUGCCACAACAGACUCCUCAUGCCAUUUCUGCUGCUGAGGUCAAGGCAGAGGUUAAAGGUCACAAGCCUGAGCCGACCCUUGUAUCACAAUCCCCAUCUACAGGUCCUGAUGCAAAGAUAAACAAAGAUGACACUGUUAAGACUUCAGAAGUAUUUGCAAAAACUGUAAUGAAAUUGGAGUUUGCAACAGCGACACCCAAACUGGUAGAUUCUGUUCAACAAAAACCAUCAUCAGCAAAACCGACUGAAAAACCUGUUGCAGAGUCUAAAGCAGAAAAGGACAUAUAUAUGGAAGAUGCCUCAAAGCCUUUAAAAGGAAAGAAGAAAAAUAAAUCUGCAAACAAAACUCCUGGUCAAAUCCCCCAAGCAAGCUGCAACACAAUAUUCUGCAAAGACAUCCCCUGA